AUAAAAAUUUGUGUUAAAUUUCAUAUGGUGUAUUGGUAUAACGAUAAUCAGUCACUUGUAUGAUAACAUAAUCCGGUAAUUUGUUUGCUUUGAAACCCCUAUCUUGUUUGUUUUCGUAGAGAAAAUUGUCAUUUUCUAAUGUUCUAUUGGUCACGUUUUAUAUCGUUGAUUUUGAUUCGCAAAUUAAAGUCUUAACUCUAAGAGUCGAACAUACAAAAAAAAAAACUUUCAUAUUUUUCAGUUUUAGAAAACCUGAAUUAGCAAUUGAAAAAUAUGUCAAUACAUAUCAAAGGAGGGGGGCGGGUUUCCGGCGACCGUGGUCAACCGACUAUUCCCGCGAGGCCCACGGCACUCCACAUAUUCUUGGGAUUUAACCCUAGCCCGGGUGGCCAGCGGGACUCGAACUGCGGGUACCGUAUUGGGAGUUUUCCCCUCAAGUACCACUAGCCCAAGGCCGCUGGUUAAUUUUCACGUUCUUAAAAUAUGCUUUCUUUUUAGAGAGUUAAGAAGCUUAAAUUACUUCCAUAAGUUCCAAAACUGGAAUGCCAAUUUAUAGAAUAAAAUAAUGUAAAAUUCUCUCCCAUAAAUUCUUGUACCAUUUGUAAUGAAUGAAUAUAGUGUUUAUUCCAUCAAUUCCAUAAAAAAUAAAGAAAAUUCAAAUAAACUUAUUUCAUUCCAAUUGUAGUCAUGAAUAAAUGGAAUGAAAUAUAUUCCAUGUUUCUCUAUAUUCCAUUCCUUUUUAUCCUACUAAUUCCAUUUUACAUUUCUACAUCCUUAUAUUGCCAAGUAUACGAUUUCCUAUACACUGAAUCCUAAGAACUACUCCCAAAAACACACUAUAAAUAUCCACUAUCAUAUUAUGAAUCGAAUUCACAUCUAGCUAUUGAUAUUACAGAAAUUUCUUUAAACGACACAAAGUUAGAUCAUAAAAUGACACCCUUCCAUAAAUGCUUUGCCCUUUUAGCUCUUUUUGCAGCCUCAUUUAAGUUUUGUUAUUGCCAGAAUGAAACAAUAAAUGCCGCUGGCUGGGCCGACGCAGACGCUGGUGCUACUUGGUACGGUGAACCAGAGGGAGCAGGUAGCACCGGAAGAGCUUGUGGAUAUGGCGUGGCAGUGGCUAAUCCACCGCUAUACGCGAUGGUUUCAGCCGGAGGCCCUUCACUAUUCAACAAUGGAAAAGGAUGUGGAACAUGUUAUCAGAUUAUGUGCACCGGGAAUCCAGCAUGUUCAGGGAGCCCAAUAACGGUGACGAUAACGGACGAGUGUCCCGGUGGUCCUUGCGUCUCUGAGCCAGUUCAUUUUGACCUUAGUCGCAAAGCCAUGGGAGCCUUAGCCAAACCUGGCCAAGCCGCUCAACUACGAAGCGCUGGUCCUCUAAGUGUUAGUUACAGACGUGCUGCGUGUUUAUAUCAAGGAACUGAAAUAGCUUUUCAUGUUGAUGCCGGUUCUACCCCGUUCUACGUGGCAUUCGUUGUGGAAUACGAAAACGGUGAAGGAGAUUUGGCCUCCGUUGAGAUUCAACCGGCCAGCGGAGGAUUUAUGCCCAAAGGAUUUAUGCCCAUGCAAGAAAUGAGGUCCGCCGAGUGGAAGUUAAACUCCGGCGGUCCACUGAGCGGGCCGUUCAACAUUAGACUAACAUCUGGCGAGUCUCGUAAAGUAGUGGUGGCUCAGGCUGUUAUUCCGGCGGAUUGGAAGCCUGAUCAGACGUAUAGGUCGAUUGUUAACUUCUAGGGUGUUCUUUUUCGUCAAAUUGUAGUUCGAAAGCUAAUAAUUGAUUAAUAAAAAAAAAAAAAUGCAUAUUGAGAUAUCA